AUUCGAUAGGAUCAGGGGAAUCGAAUUGACUUCGCCCUGAUCACCCGGGCUGUCUAUCGAAAGCUUAUCCUGAAGAAGUCCCUGAAGAACUUCCUGAUACACACUUCCACAAUUAUCCAUAGGGAAUUUCAAUUUCAAGAAACAGGUGGGGGUGGGAAAUCUUUUGCUUCAGAAUAUGCUAUAUUCUGCAACUUUAAUGGUAAGCCCAAGCCCAAGCCCAAAGUGGAAGAGGCAGUUCCCAUGCAAGCCCAUAUAAAUUAUCUUCUUCAUUAAUACGACGUCGUAUUGGCCGAAGCGACACGUGUCCUCGUCCCUGAGCACGGAAAGCAUCUUUCUUGCUGAGGCGCUUAUCAUCGAUCAAUUGCUCAAAACCACCUCAAAAUUCCAAAUGGAAAACUCAUGUGGAAUUCCUCUUCUUCCAAAAUUAGCGGGAGAGAAGAACCCUCGCAGCUCUUUCCUUCAGAGGCUCUCCAUUUCUGACGGAUUCUGAAGCUGCGAUCGCAUUAUCCUCUAUGCGGAGGAAAGCGGCAAGAAAAUCCAGAAAAUUCGAGGAGGCCGGAGUUUUUUCUAUGAUUUUUGCUUGAUUCGCGACAAUGGAAUGUGAUAUACAUCACGAAUUGAUGUAGAGGAAGGUAGAAUGGCUCUGUAACUGUCCAGCGCCAUCCUCAUUGCCUUCGCUAAGCUUCAUCUAACCUAAUUGGAGAAGAAGAAAAAACGACGAAACCAAUUUUAGGUACCUUUUUUGUAUCUGCGUUUGGGGAAAAGGAAAAUUCCGAUUCCCCGCCGACUUCGCCUCUCUCAAUCAACGUCAACGUCGCCGUUUGCAGGUGAAACUAUUUUUUGUAAUUCAUCGUCGUCGAUUGGACUUGCGAUCGAUUGUUGUUAGUUCUUCGAAAUUGUUCAUAUUUUUGGGGGUGUUAUUCGAUUGAGAAAUGUCGCAGCAUUUAUUGAAUGCAAUGCGCAGCGUGACUAUGACGGUUGGGUGCAAGAGCCCCCAGCUGUACCCCGUUAAUUCCACCGCCGGUGGCGGUGGCGGUGGCGCCGCCACCGGCGGUGCAGGGGAUAAAUUCUUGCAAACUUUGCAGGAUUAUUUAAAGCUAAAUUCAAUCACGCCGUCGCAUCAUCGGAGCCAGAGUUUGUCAUUGAUUAACAAUGUGACUUCAAGUGUUCUACCCGAGGGCACAACGAUCACAGGGCUUCCUCAAUCGGAUGCCAUUGAACCUCAGAUAGACCUUUGCUUAAAGCUUGUCGAUAUUGUUAGUUCCUUAGCUGGUCUUUAUGAUAGACUUGAGAAUUGUGCUCAAUUCGAGAGGUCGGGGCUGUAUCUGGAGCAACGAGCGAUUUUUAGUGGAUUGAAUGAUCCUAGAUUAUCGAGGAGAAGUUUGAAAUUAGCUAGGAAACAUGCUGUCGAUGCGCAUUCUAAGGUCGUCCUUUCGGCUUGGUUGAGGUUCGAAAGAAGGGAAGAUGAGUUUCUUGGAGUAUCUGCCAUGGAUUGUAGUGGAUUGAGCUCUGAGUGCCCUAAAUGCUCUCUGGUUUCCGGUUAUAAUCCUGAGUCGACAAAUGAUCCUUGUCCAUGCUCAAAGGAGUCGGAGGUAGAAGAAGAUCAGCGCUGCUCGACUUCUGUUAGUCAUGGGGACGAUAUCGAUGAAGAUGACUAUGACAUAUGGUUCUGCAUUGGCGGUGAGGAGGUUAAGUUUAACAGAUUUAAGAUCGCCUCUCUUUCCCGACCGUUUAAAGCAAUGUUGAACGGUAGUUUCAUGGAAUCGCGGAGGGAGAGGAUAUACUUUACGCAGAAUGGAAUAUCGGUCGCGGCAAUGAGAGCUGCCGAAAUUUUCAGCAGGACGAAGAGAGUGGAUUCUUUCGAUCCACAUAUUGUUUUAGAACUUCUGGUGUUGUCCGACAGAUUCUGCUGCGACGAACUGAAAUCUGCGUGCGAUGCGUAUUUAGCAUCUUUGAUCGAUGACAUGGAUUCGGCGGUGCUGCUCUUUGAAUACGGGCUCGAGGAGUCCGCGUAUCUGUUGGUUGCCGCUUGCCUGCAGGUAUUUCUGCGAGAAAUCCCUAGUUCGAUGCGCAAUCCGAAUGUGAAUCGAUUCUUUUGCAGUGCAGAAUUUAGAGAGCGAUUAGCGGUAGUCGGGCAUGCCUCUUUCUUGUUAUACAGUUUCUUGAGCAUGGCUGCCAUGGAAGAAAAUAUGACAUCGAAUACGACGGUUAUGCUGUUGGAAAGAACGGUUGAAUGCGCCGUCGAGAAUUGGCAGAAACAGCUUGUGUUCCAUCAAUUGGGCUGCGUGAUGCUCGAAAGAAAGGAAUACAAGGAUGCGGAAAGAUGGUUCGAGGCAGCCGUCAACGCGGGGCAUAUUUAUUCGUCGGCGGGAGUCGCAAGAGCGAAAUACAAGCGCGGCCACAAGUACAAGGCGUAUAAAUUGAUGAACACGCUCAUCUCCGACCACGCGCCGGCCGGGUGGAUGUACCAAGAACGAUCUCUUUACGAAAGUGGUGAUGACAAAAGGAUGGAUCUGAACACGGCUACUGAAAUGGACCCGACUCUUUCGUAUCCUUACAAGUAUAGGGCAGUUUCGUUGUUGGAGGACGGCAGGGUCGGCGCUGCAAUCUCCGAAAUUGACAAAUUAAUUGGUUUCAAGAUCUCCGCCGACUGCCUCGAGCUACGAUGUUGGUUCUUGAUUGCGCUCGAGGAUUACGAAGGAGCUUUAAGAGAUACCCGCGCAAUUCUUAUGUUGGAUCCUCACUAUAUGAUGUUUCACGGUAUGUUGCGCAGCGAAAAGUUAGUCGAGCUUCUAUCUCGGCAUGUCAAGAACUACAGUCAGGCGGAUUGCUGGAUGCAGCUCUACGAUCGAUGGUCGUCGGUCGACGAUGUCGGCUCUCUCGCCGUUGUCCACCAUAUGUUGAGUAAUGACCCGCGAAAGAGCCUUCUUUGGUUUCGACAAUCUUUGCUCCUUCUCCGAUUGAAUUGCUACAAUCCCGCAAUGCGAAGCCUGCGAAUGGCUCGGAAUCACGCUCCGUCGGACCACGAACGACUUGUCUACGAAGGCUGGAUUUUGUACGACACCGGGUAUCAGGAAACCGCGCUGUCGAAAGCAGAGAAAUCGAUCUCGAUUCAUCGAUCGUUCGAAGCGUACUUCCUAAAGGCGUACAUCCUGUCCGAAACCACAACGGACACGGAAUCGUCGUUCUAUGUCGUCCAGCUUCUCGAGGAAGCUCUCCGCUGCCCGUCCGACGGUCUCCGAAAAGGACAAGUGAGUCGGAUUUUUCGUUCGUAUAUAUUAAAAUCGCGCAUCGUCGCUGAAUUGUUUGUUAAUCGCCAGGCGUUGAACAAUUUGGCGAGCAUCUACAUCGACGUCGAUAAGCUCGACCUGGCCGUCGAUUGCUACAUGAAUGCGCUCGACAUUAAGCAUACCCGAGCCCAUCAAGGCCUCGCGCGCGUCUACCAUCUCCGAAACCAGCGGAAAGCUGCAUACGAGGAGAUGACGAAAUUCAUCGAGAAGGCGAGCCACAACGCGUCGGCUUACGAGAAGCGUUCCGAGUAUUGCGAUCGAGAAUUGGCUGAAAACGACCUCCGGACGGCGACCCGGCUCGAUCCCCUAAGGCCGUAUCCGUACAGGUACCGUGCAGCCGUUCUAAUGGACGAUCGUAAGGAAGCCGCGGCGAUUGAAGAAGUGUCGAGAGCCGUAGCGUUCAAACUCGACCUACAGCUGCUGCAUCUGCGGGCGGCUUUCCGCGAUUCGAUGGGCGAAUACACGGCGGCGAUCCGAGACUGCGAGGCAGCGCUUUGUCUGGAUCCCGACCAUGUUCAUACGCUCGAGCUUUAUCGGCGGGUGAAAGAAAAAUCGGAGGAAUUACAGCAGCAGCGGGCAGUGUAAGAAAUAUGGAAAGAUAAGUUGUUCUUGCGAGUUUGAACUAGUGUUUGUGAAGCUUACAUUAUAUAUUUGCUAUGGCUAUGGCUAUUCGUAUAACCAAUCUAAUCGAGAGAUGUAUGUACAAUGUAUGUAUGUAUGUAUAUAUGUAUGGAAAUCCAAUGAACAAUAUCUUGUAAAUAUAUACACAAAGUUCCUAUAGUGAUUCAUUGUGCAAAUUAAGCUCGAUUGUUAUUUGUACAUAUAAAUGAAUCCAA